AAUCAAGUUUGCUUGAUUAUAUAUAUCUCUUUGCACGGACCUGAUGAACUAGCUUAAUGAACGGGUAUAUAUAGCAUAAGGAGAAUGGUGCGUUUUGCAGUAGUGGGGUGGUUGUGGGAUUGUGGAAGGAUGACUAUCAGGACUUGUGGCUUAGUUUAUUCAAAGAUGUAAUCAUUUGGGACGAACUGCGUAGAGUGUUCACACUGAGUGAUACUUUCGCAAGGUGGCACGUAGUUAGAUUUUUGCUUCCCUUGUAUCUGCAGAGUGCUUUAGAUCUCUUUCAUUCGUUUUUUUGGGAAUCUGUGAAAACCCACAACACCUGGCCACAUCUGAUUGAAUUCAGAGUCGAACUGCCCGACAAGUUAUUUUCUAUAUGCGUAUUGGUAGUUAGACCAAUUUUGUACAUCAAAAUUGCAAGUCAUAUGAUAUGUCACUAAUAGGAAAUAAACACGUUAAUCAAAAUUUAAGUAAUAAUCUAAUCAUCACUAACCUCAUCAUAUAUCUUACAUUGCCAUUUGACGUCAUCACACCGUCAUAUGUCUUACAUUGCCAUUUGAUUUCCCUAGCAUUACAUUUCCUAUAUAUGAAGUCAUCAUACCGUCUUGUGAUAUUUUUGUUUCCAUUGCCACUAUGACACGUUGAAUGUUCAUGUACUGGUAGCACAACUUAAUAGAGUAGCAAUCCAAAUCAUAUAUGGAAGAUAUUUUUAGGAAAAAUCUAAAUCCACUCGUAUGUAAUCAAAAGCAUUUCUAACGUAUUUGACAUAAAAAGUGAUUACAUAUUUGAAUAAUCUAAGCCACAAACCCUGAUAGUCAUCCUUCCACUCGUAUGUAAUCAAGUGUGUAUAGAUUGUAAAGCAUUUGAAAGCGCUUUUUAUUUUAUUUUAUAAAGUACUAUUUCUGAAAGUACUUUCAAGUGUUUUUCUAAAAUAAAAAAAAAAAAAAAAAAAAGAAAUUUCUAAUGAAAUUUCAACACUUUCCAUCAACAACAACGCUUAUGAACAUGGUAUAAGAAUAGCAUUUCCAAAUCGACUCUAAAAUUUCCUCCCAAAAUGCAAGCUUUGAAAAUGAAAGGGCCGUAUUUCUUGUAAAAGGCCCAUUAAUUCUAAUGGAUUUCUAUGCAGAUUGAAGAUGCGGGCUUCUAUAUAUCAAUUGAGUUUUUUUAUUCUAGAAGGCCCAUUAAUGGAUUGAACGUUCUGAAGUAAAUCGCAAGACAAGGAAAGAGAAAAACUUACCUCUCCGGUCCAAAUUCUCCAUGAAUCCCCCAAUUUCCCAAAGGAAUGUCCAAGUCUUUAAUGACAGCAUUGAAUGUUGAAAUGGAAGGAAAUCGUCCGAAUCCGACCGGCAUCCCCUCCCUCUCUCCGACACUAUAUAACUCCCCUUAUGUCUCUCUUUCUCUAGCAUCAUCAAACACCACAAAAUACACAACCUAAAUUACAGACCCACAAAAAACAUGUCACCCGUGCACAAGAGCAGUUCAGGAUCAUCACUGGGUCCGGGAGGCCUGGACUUAACCCAAGCCUUCUUCAAGCCCAUCUCCAGCGCCGACCCACCUUCCCCCACCAAGCGCCAUACCAAAAUCUCCGUCGUCGGCGCCGGCAACGUCGGCAUGGCCAUCGCCCAAACCAUCUUAACCCAAGACGUCGCCGAUGAGCUCGUCAUUGUCGACGUCGACCCGGACAAGCUCCGCGGUGAGAUGCUCGACCUCCAGCACGCCGCCGCCUUCCUUCCCCGCACCAAAAUCAUGGCCUCCGUUGACUACGCCGUUACCGUCGGCUCCGACCUGUGUAUUGUCACCGCCGGCGCCCGCCAGAACCCCGGAGAGUCCAGGCUGAACCUCCUCCAGAGGAACGUUUCUCUGUUUCGAAAUAUCGUACCGCCGCUUGUCAAGUACUCACCGGACACCAUCUUGCUAAUCGUGUCCAACCCUGUUGAUGUCUUGACGUACGUCGCCUGGAAGCUAUCAGGGUUUCCCAGCAACCGGGUUCUCGGGUCGGGUACCAAUCUCGAUUCCUCCAGGUUCCGCUUCCUCAUCGCCGAUCAUCUUGACGUUAACGCCCAAGAUGUACAGGCUUACAUAGUUGGGGAGCACGGUGACAGCUCCGUGGCGCUGUGGUCGAGCAUAAGCGUAGGGGGAGUGCCGGUGUUGAACUUCCUAGAAAAACAGCAAAUAGCCUAUGAGAAAGAGACACUAGAAAACAUUCACAAGGCAGUUGUCGAGAGUGCUUACGAAGUGAUAAGUCUGAAAGGGUAUACUUCAUGGGCAAUUGGCUACUCCGCCGCCAACCUGGCUCGGAGCAUACUGAGGGACCAGAGGAAGAUCCACCCUGUGUCGGUACUCGCCAAGGGCUUCUACGGAGUGGAAGGUGGGGACGUGUUCUUGAGCCUGCCUGCGCAGCUUGGGAGGGGCGGGGUGUUGGGCGUGGCCAAUAUACAUCUCACUGACGAGGAGGCACAGAGGCUGAGGGACUCUGCUAACACCAUUUUGGAGGUCCAAGCUCAGUUGAACUUGGGAAUAUGAUCCAAAUAAAUUAUUAUCACCUAAUUAUUUUUUAUAUAGUAUUCCCUCUAUAUAGGGCAUAGCUAUAGCCUCUAGGAGAGAAUGCGAUGAGUUCUUAAUUUUCCAUUCUGUUCAGUUCGUUAAUGUUGGUCUAAUAUAUGGAAAGUGAUUUACUGAAAUAGAAGAAAUAAUUAAAUAAACAAAAACAUCAGGCAAGCUUUGGAAUUUUGAGCAUCAAUCAUCAAUGUAAAGAAUCAUUAAUUACAA